CUUUAUAAGCGCGCGGCGGCGCGGGCGAGCGGAGCGCAGGGCGCGGGGCUGGACCCGGUGCCGCGCGGGCCGAGCCGCGUCCUUUGUGCCGGCGGCCGAGCGCCCCGCGAUGCGUCCGAGCUAGGAACCAGGUCCAGGAUGGGGGCCCUGUGGGUCUGGGCCUUGGGCCUGCUGAUGCUACAGACACUGCUCUUGGAGGCUGCAGAACCAGGCACCCAGAGUAGCAGCGCAGACAAAGGACUCUACCUGCAGAAGCUGGGCCCUGGGCCGGUGCGCGCUGCGCUGGCUGAGCUGGUGGCUCUGCCCUGCCUCUUCGUCGUGCGGCCGCGGCCCGACGCCAGUCGAGAGGCGCCCCGCAUCAAAUGGACCAAGGUGCGCACGGCAUCUGGCCAGCGGCAGGACACACCCAUCCUGGUGGCCAAGGACAACGUCGUGCGCGUGGCCAAGGGCUGGCAGGGCCGCGUGUCGCUGCCAGCCUACCCCCGGCAUCGAGCCAACGCCACGCUCCUAUUGGGGCCCCUGCGCGCCAGCGACUCGGGCCUCUACAGCUGCCAAGUGGUGCGGGGCAUCGACGAUGAGCAGGACCUCGUGCCCCUCGAGGUGACCGGUGUUGUGUUUCACUACCGGGCAGCCCGGGACCGCUAUGCACUGACCUUCGCCGAGGCCCGGGAGGCAUGCCGCAUGGGCUCGGCCACCAUUGCUGCCCCACGCCAUCUGCAGGCCGCCUUUGAGGAUGGCCUGGACAACUGUGAUGCUGGCUGGCUCUCUGACCGCACUGUCCGGUACCCCAUCACCCAGUCGAGGCCUGGUUGCUAUGGUGACCGAAGCAGCCUUCCCGGGGUGCGGAGCUACGGCAGGCGUGACCCUCAUGAACUCUAUGAUGUGUAUUGCUUUGCCCGGGAGCUGGGGGGUGAGGUCUUCUACGUGGGCCCCGCCGGCCGCCUGACACUGGCCGGCGCGCGUGCGCAGUGCCGUCGCCAGGGUGCCACGCUGGCCUCGGUGGGGCAACUGCACCUGGCGUGGCAUGAGGGCCUGGACCAGUGUGACCCGGGCUGGCUAGCCGAUGGCAGCGUGCGCUACCCGAUCCAAACCCCGCGGCGGCGCUGCGGGGGUCCAGCCCCGGGCGUGCGCACGGUUUACCGCUUUGCCAACCGCACUGGCUUCCCGGCGCCUGCAGCCCGCUUCGAUGCCUACUGCUUCCGAGCUCAUCACCUGACACCUCCACACGGAGACCCAGAGCCCCGUUCUUCUGGGGAUGAGGGGGAGAUACUUUCUGCAGAAGGGCCCCCAGCCCGAGAACUGGAGCCCAGCCUGCCCGCAGAGGAGGAGGAGGAAGAGGAGGAGGAAGAGGAAGAGGAGGAGAAAGGGCUCCAGGAGACGGAGGUGGUCACCCCGGACUUCCGGGAGUUGAUGGUGUCCAGUGGGGAGGAAGAACCCAUGACGGUGCCUGAGAAGCAAGAGCUCCCAGGCACUCCCCACUCCACCCCGGGGGUCCCCACGCCGCCCUCCAUGCUCUCCCAGGUGGCCGGGCGCGUGUGGCCAAGCAGUGUGGCCCCUGAUGCCCACAGCGUGCAGGCAGCAGGCCCAGACACAGAAGAGACCCCAGCCAGCCCCCCGCCCAGGAAGAGGGGCCGUUUCAAGGGGUUGAACGGACGUCACUUUCAGCAUCAGGAGCCCCAACAGGGGCCAGAGGGGGCGCUGGACGCUCCUGCCCCAGAGGCCGCGGGGAACUAUGUGGAGCCCCCAAGGGCCACGGGAGCUGCGUCAGAGAGUGGCUGGAGCGAAGACCCCUGGGCCGUGCUGACCAACGAGGUGGAGGGCCCCAGAUCUGGCUCUGUUGGUGACAGGAGCCCCCCUGAGCCCUGGCUGUGGCCCCCCACUGGAGCCCCACUCGGCCCCCCAGACUCCAGUAGGGCCACUGACCUGCAUCCAGAGGCCACCCGGGGCCCUGGUCUGAAGGUGGCCAGCCCCACCCCUACCUGGGCCCUCAGCCCCUCGGAAACAUCGAGCCCUGCUCCUGGGGCAGUCAUUUCUCCGGACCUCCCCAUCGUGGCCAUGCUCCGGGCUCCCAAACUGUGGCUCCUGCCACCCCCGCCGGCCUCAGUCACCACUGAGACCCACGGGGUGGAGGGGCCCAGUGAGGACAUGGCCACUGCCUCAGAACCUGGGGCUGGCACCCAGGACCCUGUGGGUGCAGGCGGUCAUUUCCUGUCACCCUCCUCUCGCCCAGCCAGCCCCAGUGGGACCACAACCUUAAUGGCCCUCAGCCUGGAAGUGGGGGGCUCCCCAGCACCCUUGUGGGCAGAUCUGGAACCUCCAGCUGAGGCCAGUCCAAGUCCCCUCAGGGCAGACUCUGGGAGUGAGGGGGGAACCAGCCCCCCAGCUCCUCUGGCUGGGCAGGUGACGGAUGUCAUCUCUAGCCCGGCUGCCUCUGAUCCUGGAGUCCCCUCAUCUCCCGCCCCCGUGGAUGAGCUCUCACUUCCCACCCGAGACCUGGCGGACCUGCACCCCAACUCCACCUCCUCUGGAGGGCGUGGGGCAUCCUUGAUGCCCAGAGCCACCUUGCAUUUGGGGCCUUGGACCACAGCUGCAGGGCCACCUGCUGGUUACAGUGGGGAACCGGGGUCCUUGAUGCUGGCAGGCAGCCCAGGCCCCACACCGCGUGCUUCUGGGGCUGCAGACACACCCACAGGCACUUCCCCCAUGUCCCUGGACCCGAGGGAUGCAGUUGGGGUCCCAGUCAUAGCUACAGCUGCUUCUUCAAGUUCCCCACCCCCCCUGGAGCUGGAGAGCCCUGAACCCCGGCCCCGGGGGACACAGGUUGUGCUGGGGACUGCAGGCCCUCUGCCCCAGGGCAGCCCCCCAGGGAAGCCGACCCUCCUUCCUCCCGACUCCACACGCACAGCGAGCUUGGAGGAGCCCACGUCUGCUUUCUCAGGGGACUCCCCUGGCACCCUGUUGCCUGCCUCGCUGAGCCCAGGGACCAUGGAGUUGGAUGUGCUGGCAGGAAGCCCCGAUGUAGAGGGUUUCUGGGAGGAGACAGCCAGUGGCGAGGAGCUGGUCCCACUGGGGACCCCCACAAGCGGCAGUGCCCAGGAGGCGCCCCUGGACCCCUGUGAGAACAGCCCUUGUCUCCAUGGAGGCACGUGCAGUGCCAACGGCACCAUGUACGGCUGCAGCUGCGCAGUGGGCUUCGCCGGCGAGAACUGUGAGAUCGACGUGGAUGAUUGCUUGUCCAGCCCCUGUGAGAACGGCGGCACAUGCAUCGAUGAGGUCAAUGGCUUCGUCUGCCUCUGUCUCCCCAGCUAUGGAGGCAGCUCAUGCGAGAAAGACACUGAGGGCUGUGACCGUGGUUGGCACAAGUUCCAAGGACAUUGCUACCGAUACUUCGCCCACCGGCGGGCAUGGGAGGACGCCGAGAGGGACUGUCGACGAAGAGCUGGCCACCUGGCCAGCGUGCACUCAGAGGAGGAACACAACUUCAUUAACAGCUUUGGGCGUGAGAACACAUGGAUAGGCCUGAAUGACCGGAUAGUGGAGCGGGACUUCCAGUGGACGGACAACACGGCACUGCAAUAUGAGAACUGGAGAGAGAAGCAGCCUGACAACUUCUUUGCCGGUGGGGAGGACUGUGUAGUGAUGGUGGCGCAUGAAAGCGGGCUCUGGAAUGACGUGCCCUGCAACUACAAGCUGCCCUACGUGUGCGAGAAAGGCACAGUGCUGUGUGGACCCCCUCCGGCCGUGGAGAAUGCCUCCCCCGUGGGUGCCCGCAAAGCCAAGUACAACGUGCACGCCACCAUUCGCUACCAGUGCCACCCAGGCUUUGCCCAGCACCACGUGGCCGUGAUACGAUGUCGCAGCAAUGGCCACUGGGAGCGGCCUCAGAUCGUCUGCACGAGGCCCAGACGGUCCCAUCGCAUGCGGCGCCACCACGGCCACCACCCGCACCACCACCCACACCGCCACCGCCAGCCCGGCCAGGAGCGCAGGAAACGCCACGGGCGGCCUGAGGACUGGGACCCGGAGGGAGAGAACUUCUGCUGACGCGCCGCCCGGCAGAGCAAGCACAAGCUCCCGCACGCGGGCUCCGGAACCUUCUUUCCCAGGGCACUCAGAACCCAGAGAGCAACCAGAGGGCCCGAGUCCCGAUCCCUGCCCCCGACCCCACUUUCUGUCCUUUGUACAAAUCUUCCCCCCCCCCCCGCACCCCCCCCCCCGCCCCAUCCCCCUCGUUCGCAGGUGCUCACGCGGAGGUCGCGCUACCCGAAGUUGGCGCUAGGGGAGCCCUGGAGCGAGGCCCCGCCGGGAGCCGCUUCUGCCACCCCUCUGGGCUCGCAGAUGCCGGGGUAGAGCUGGCUGGAGCGACGGCCCUGUGCCUCGGCAGUGGGGGACUUCGGGGAGUCCCUCCAGUGACCCGGGCUGCCUCGGGGCCGCACCGCGUCCGCAUUCCAGGUGGCUAACCGCCUUGUCGCAGGGCCCACCCCCAGGUGCCCUUGGUUAGGGCCGUGGAGCGGUGUGGACUCAGCGUCCCCUAACUCCCCCGAAAAAGGGCCGGUCCAGGGCUGCGGUUUGGUGGCUCGUUGGUGGGGGCUCCAGGAGGCGGUUUCGGGCUGGGCCAGCCCACAGUUCUUCCCCCUCCAUCACUCAGGGAGACAACGAACCUCCAUCCCGCACCCACAGGGUGCCCCGUUUUCUAGCUCAGCGCCCAUCUCCCACCCUGCCAGCGGUACCCCUGUCCGAGUCCCCACCCCACCCCAGACUGGAGGGAAGGCUCACACUCUUCCUUAGCCCUAGCCUUGCCUCCCGCGCCAUUGCGCAGCCUGGACGUGCGCCCCCAGGAGGAGAAGGAAUAGAACUGCAGGCGGGAAGGUCCAUCCUCUCCAGCGGAGUCUGGGCGAGAUGUGGGACAUGCCGAAGGGGCAGGGGCAGGGCUCGGUCCACCUGCCCGGUGCCCCAGCCCCGCGGCCAGCCCCAGAGCAGCAGCCUGGAGCACCUGGGGAUGUAUCCCAACCCCCCUGCAGUGGACGAAGGGGUAGUAAGGGGGUCGAAGGAGCACACCCCGCCUGCCAGGUCACAUCCUGGGGGAGGCCAGCUUGGAGCAGAGGGUUGUCCGGUGGGGCCCAUGCCAGCACCUGCCCCUGGCGACCGCACGGUCCAUCCCUACAUGACCGAGCGAAGUCUCCUCUGUUUGACUUCCAGUACUGUUCCAGGGGGUGAGGUGGGCGACCCCCAAGUGUGCUCUCCCCACCCAAGUGGACCCCUGACAUGAUCUUCCAUCCUUCCCCGCAGUGACCACCCCUGUUUUCCCCGCAUCUUGCCCAGGGACCUGCUUUGCGCAUACCUUUUUUUUUGGGGGGGUAAUGAAACUGUAACAAUAAUAAUGCAUCUUUCUUCAUCCACCUCACACACAGACUUUUCUUCUAUGGGGGGUCCUGAUUCCUGCCCUUCUGGCCCCAGGCCAGCUCCACAUGGGAGGGCAACCCCAGAUUUUUUAAGUGGGUGGUUUGUCUUUUGUUCUCUCCUUGGGGUGUGAGUGCGUGUGCCUGCAUGGCGCGUGGGAGCGUGUGCUCGGCGCACGCAAGCCUCCCUCCGCGCUCGUUUGCCAUGAGCCACAGUGCCCCGUGAGUCUGUGGCAGAUGUCACUGUGGACAUGAAUGUACUUCUUGGACAUUUUAAUAAAAUUUUUUAACAGUUGGA